GCGCGGUGUCCUCCGAGCAGCUCUCGGCGCCCGCCCGCCGGGGUCUCGGCGAUCGCUGCUCCUCCUCCUCCUUCUCCUCCUCCUUUUUCUCCUCCUCCUCCUCCCCCCGCCGCCUCGCCACCGCCGCGGCUCGGGCUGGAGGCGCCGCUGUCAUUCCUGCGCCGGAGGAGCCGGCGCUGCCGGUGCCUGGGGGUCGGGGCGCGGGCGAGCCGGGCCGCGGGGGACCCAACAGGUAGAGCCGGGGGUGCCCGGCCGCGCGCCCCCCCGCGCAUCAUGCAGCUCUUUGUCACCUCUCUCGCCCCCAGGCCAAAAUCCUGAGCAUGAUGGAAGACAAUAAGCAGCUCGCGCUCCGCAUCGAUGGGGCGGUCCAGUCGGCCAGCCAGGAGGUGACCAACCUGCGAGCCGAACUCACGGCCACCAACCGGAGACUGGCGGAACUGAGCGGCGGCGGCGGCGGCCCCGGCCCGGGCCCGGGAGCCGCGGCCAGCGCCUCGGCGGCGGCGGCGGACUCGGCAGCGACGAACAUGGAGAACCCCCAGCUCGGAGCGCAAGUGCUCCUGCGGGAAGAGGUGUCGCGGCUCCAGGAGGAAGUUCACCUUCUCCGGCAGAUGAAGGAGAUGUUGGCAAAGGACCUGGAGGAGUCACAGGGCGGCAAGUCCUCCGAGAUCCUCUCGGCCACUGAGCUCAGAGUCCAGCUGGCCCAGAAGGAGCAGGAGCUAGCCAGAGCCAAAGAAGCCUUGCAGGCCAUGAAAGCUGACCGGAAGCGCUUAAAGGGCGAGAAGACGGACCUGGUGAGCCAGAUGCAGCAGCUGUACGCCACGCUGGAGAGUCGCGAGGAGCAGCUCCGCGACUUCAUCCGCAACUAUGAGCAGCACCGCAAGGAGAGCGAAGAUGCCGUCAAAGCGCUGGCCAAGGAGAAGGACCUGCUGGAGCGUGAGAAGUGGGAGUUGCGACGCCAAGCCAAGGAGGCCACGGACCACGCCGCGGCCCUGCGCUCCCAGCUGGACCUCAAGGACAACCGCAUGAAGGAGCUGGAGGCCGAGCUGGCCAUGGCCAAGCAGUCCUUAGCCACGCUGACCAAGGACGUCCCCAAGCGGCAUUCCCUCGCCAUGCCUGGCGAGACGGUGCUCAAUGGCAACCAGGAGUGGGUGGUGCAGGCGGACCUCCCGCUGACCGCAGCCAUCCGGCAGAGCCAACAGACUCUCUACCACUCACAUCCCCCUCACCCUGCGGACCGGCAAGCGGUCAGGGUGAGCCCCUGCCACUCCCGGCAGCCCUCCGUCAUCUCCGACGCAUCUGCCGCCGAAGGCGACCGGUCGUCCACACCCAGCGACAUCAACUCCCCUCGACACCGGACGCACUCCCUCUGCAACGGCGACAGUCCCGGCCCGGUUCCGAAGAAUCUGCACAACCCUAUUGUACAGUCACUAGAGGAUCUUGAAGACCAAAAACGGAAAAAGAAGAAAGAGAAGAUGGGAUUCGGCUCCAUCUCCCGCGUCUUCGCCAGAGGGAAGCAGCGGAAGUCCCUCGACCCCGGCCUCUUUGAUGACUCCGACAGCCAGUGCAGCCCGACCCGGCAGAGCCUCAGCCUGUCGGAAGGCGAGGAGCAGAUGGACCGGCUGCAGCAGGUGGAGCUGGUGAGGACCACCCCCAUGUCCCACUGGAAGGCGGGCACCGUCCAGGCCUGGCUGGAGAUGGUGAUGGCCAUGCCCAUGUACGUCAAGGCCUGCGCGGAGAAUGUGAAGAGCGGGAAGGUGCUGCUGAGCCUGAGUGACGAGGACCUGCAGCUGGGCCUGGGCGUCUGCAGCUCCCUGCACCGGCGGAAGCUGCGCCUGGCCAUCGAGGACUAUCGCGACGCCGAGGCAGGCCGCAGCCUGUCCAAAGCUGCCGAGCUGGACCAUCACUGGGUGGCCAAGGCCUGGCUCAAUGACAUCGGCCUGUCCCAGUACUCCCAGGCCUUCCAGAACCACCUGGUUGAUGGGCGGAUGCUGAAUUCCCUGAUGAAGCGAGACCUGGAGAAGCACCUGAACGUGUCCAAGAAGUUCCACCAGGUCAGCAUCCUGCUGGGGAUCGAGCUGCUGUACCAAGUGAACUUCAGCCGGGAGGCCCUCCAGGAGCGCCGGGCCCGCUGUGAGACGCAGAACACUGACCCUGUGGUGUGGACCAACCAGCGGGUGCUCAAGUGGGUUCGGGACAUUGACCUGAAGGAGUACGCAGACAACCUGACCAACAGCGGCGUCCACGGGGCUGUGCUGGUGCUGGAGCCAACGUUCAACGCCGAGGCCAUGGCCACGGCCCUGGGCAUCCCCAGUGGGAAACACAUCCUCCGGAGACACCUGGCGGAGGAGAUGAGUGCCGUCUUCCAUCCGGCUAACUGCACAGGCAUCCGGGAGGCUGAGCGUUUUGGAACACCCCCCGGCAGGGCCUCCAGCAUCACACGGGCCGGGAAGGAGGAGAACAGCAGUGGUCUCAAGUCCAAGGCUGGCCGGCUGCCCCUGGGGAAGAUAGGAAGAGGCUUCAGCAGCAAAGACCCCGAUUUCCAUGACGACUAUGGCUCUCUUCAAAAUGAAGAUUGCGGAGAUGAUGACCCCCAGAGCAGGCUGGAACAGUGCCGUCUGGAAGGCUACAACAGCCUGGAGGUCACCAACGUGUAAGGACCUGGUGGUUCCACCAGACCCAUCACGAGAGACCCAGGAAGGAAGAGCAGCCAGAUGGCCCCGGGGGUCAUUCCUACUGUACAUAGUGGCCGCAGGCUGAGGCUGUCCCCUGCUCCUGGGCAAAAUUCCAACAGACUCUGUGGUUUCAGCUGCACAGCGCCCAGGAGAGAAGACACCAGCGCACCUGCCUUAGGUGAGCCAUGGACUUCCCUGCUCAACUGGAGACUGGCCCAGAGGACCUGUCACAGUGUCCAGCCCCACCUCCAUCCAGGAUACGCAGGCCCCACUUCAGAGUGGCGGUCACUGUGGAGCAGCCAAGCAGUCCCUGGAGCCCUAAACUGAGCUGCCAAGGUGGGAAGAGGCCCAUAGUUUCCCAAAACACCCUUCUAGAAGGAGCAGAGGGGACCCCAACCCCACACCCCAGCGCCCAGUGCACUGGCCGUGCUCAGAGCGGGCAGAGCUGGGUGCAGGAAGUGCGGCCUCUUGCCAAGACGUCGGACAGGGUGGGGGUGGGGGGGUCCUGGCUGCAGCAUCCUUGCCCUCCUUGACCAAGAACUUGGGUCCUGAUCGGGCUCCCUGAAUCUCUCUUGGGAGAAUGUAAAACGGGGGCUGGUCAUUCCUUUCGCCUGAAAAGCUCUGUGAUGCAUGGGGGUGGACGUGUUGAAGAGCUGUUUGCCGAUCCAGCCCCCGAGUGGCUACACUGAGUGGGGUGCCGGGGAAUGAUCCGUGUAGGAGUGGGGCUUAGCAGCCACAUUUCUAGGAGACGCAGCUAUCCUAUCCACAAAAUUAAAGAUAUUGGGACGACAGGAUCAGGGAUGGCCGAUGGCCCCAUAUGGUGAAUCUCAGGCCUGUGGCUUGGUUUUGUUGAGAUUCCAAACCCCAUUAUCUUCACUCAGUGACAACGGUAUGGGGCAUGGUGGUAAGUCUGGGAUCUGGGGCAGGGAAAUGCUUGACAUGUUAACCCAACAAACCUGUGAUGUCCCUGUCACCUGAAACACGGGAAUGCUCACCAAGGUCCUAGCCGAGACACAGACUCCACAGAGCAAAGUCAUUCAGUGUUGGUGGGAGAACCCCAGCCCUUUUCUUGACCUGCCACUGUUAAGCUGUGUGGCUUCUUCCCAGUGGCCUCACCUCUCUGUGCCUCAAUGUUUUCAUCGACAAUACUUCCGGUUCCCUCCCAGGGCCAUUGUGAGGAUUAACACUUGCUAAUAUCUGUAACACACUUUGUAACCUCUCAGGAGACAAUGGGAAGUUACGGGGUAGCCAGUUUCCCAUUUACAACACAGAAAUACAGGGAGCUGGUUCCCUCCUACUCUGUUUCGGCUGGAGCAGUGUGCAGAAGGAGGACAAGAAAUGUUCAAUGUUCAGACUCGCCAAAAGCCUCCAACAGGGCUCAAGAAACACAUAAAUCCCAUCAGCCCAGCCUUGAAAGCCAGUUUGACUCAAGCCUUCGGGCUUCAGUUCAUUGACCAGACGACAGCCACCUGAUGAUUAGGGAAGGAUGGACGCAUGGCAAUUCUACUUACAUGUCGGGUUAUCAAAGCGAGUCACUUGUUGGAACCGUGAUGCUCGGCCUUCUUCGAGGCCAUGUGCACUGGGGUUUGAGUUUCCAAGAUUUGCAACACUUGUGUCAACCUCUAAGAAACAAACCCAAAUUGUUUCCUCUCGUGGGGGACGCCAAGCUCUGAUGAACUUGAGAGUUACUCCUCUCUCGUGCCGAAGACCAUGGCUUUCCCCACAACGACAUAAGCACAGCUUUUCUUGCUAUCUGAGACCAAAUGCCUAGUUGGUAGACAGGUGGAUGUUUGGCCUCCUAAGGGACACACUUCUGAUCCUGGGCCCCAGGUGGUGAAUCUCUGGCACGUGGCUUGGCUUUGCUGAGAUUCCAGAUCCCGUUAUCUUCAUGACGUCCAGCCUCAUCCGCUGGGUCCUGAAGCUGCAGUCCACAGCUGAGAGAGGGGAGGUGAGACCUCCCUCCUACCUGGUGCCGCAAGUCACUCCCAAGCCACAUCCGGCCUGGAUGACCUGGCACCCCGGAAUCUGCCUUUCGGGAGGCAGGAACAGCAGCGUGCUCGGGCAGGCAGCUAUUCUCGCAGACUGAGCCAGCACUGAGCGGAGCGCCUGACUCAGAGCUGAUGAUUUGAGACCAACGUUCACCCAGGUUGUCAGAAAUGGCACUUACAUUGUUCCCAGCCUGGAUCCUGCUGGGGACAAGUGGACAACUGGGGGUCCCCGGCGGAGACGGUCUCGCCCCAAACAUUCACAGCAGGAGGCCAGCAGGCCUGGGGCAACACAGGCAACUGCAAAUGCCUCGUGUGAUUUAGAUUAUGCCAUCGCAGCCCUCUCUCACCCAUGAGGCUCCCCAUCCCUGGCAGCCAAGUGAGCACUUGGAGCUGGUUCCUCAACAUGAGGAUGGGUUGACUGUGAAAUUGAGUCACAUUGGGUGAGCUUUGACUGCUGGAAAAACCCGAAAUGUCAACUCUGCUUCAAGGGUGGGCAGGAAGAACAGAAGGUGGAGACUUGGCGGAGAGGCUCGAGCUGAUUGUCAAAGGAUACAGAAGGGCCAGCUACAGGAAGGACAGUGACCUGCUAUGCCCGUCCAAGCAGCCGGAGUGUGGUCUUGGUCCCUGCAGGGUGAUGUGGCAUCUGGACCUGGGGACAAUGUGGAUGUGUUUCUUGGAAAGCUGUGCCCGUGGGCGCAGAAGGCACCUGCCUGGUAGACUCUCAGCUUCCUGAUCCCCCGGGUGCCUCUGCAAGGCCCCUUUGACCUUGGCUGAGUGGGACCUUUCUUUUAGAACUCUGUCUGUCUCUCACGCUGUUUUCGGACCCCAGGCUGCAGAGGAGGGAGUGUGCAGAAGGGCAUCUCUGCACAGCCUGGCCGGCGAGGAGGGCCCCAGAACGGGGACCCAAAAGCUUGAGGUCACUGAACAGGGCUGGGUACUGGCAGAACAGAAAGAUUUGGCCAGAUGUGACCUCAGCAUUCCCUCCAGGGGCACCCACGCCCCUCUGACCUAGGGAGAAGGAGAUCAUAGUCAGGCCCAGCACUCCCUUUUCAUCGGAGCCCACGCUUCCUGGGUACCACCACUUCCGCCCUGCAUUCUGAGGCUCUGGAGGGCUCUUCCUGCUAUGAACGGAGAGGAGAAAACCUGUGGGCAAUGGCAACCUCUGAGUCUGGCAUUCUUGCCGAUGGCUGGCCAGCGAGAAGAAUCUCCCGAGCCCUGACACACAAGGGCAUUUGGUGGCUGCAGAGGAAAUGAGCUGGCUCUGAACAAGAUGAGGUUCCUAGGUGAAUUUUAACACUGUAACAAUAAAUACUACUGCACAGCG